AUGGAUCCCAAAUGUAUCCUAAUCUUAGCUCUAAUCUUCUCUCUGCUUUCGAGUUCUCCAAUAUUGAUUGUUGCUCAAAUCAAUACGCCAUGUUCACCAACCAUGCUCUCUAGCGUUACAGGGUGCAUGAAUUUUCUAACGGGAAGUGGUAAUUCUCCGACUUCAGAUUGUUGUGAGGCCCUUAAGUCGUUAACCGGAACCGGUGUGGACUGUUUGUGCCUGAUUGUAACCGCAGGUGUGCCACUCAAUCUUCCAAUAAACCGAACUCUAGCCAUCUCUCUCCCUCGUGCAUGUGGCAUGCCUGGUGUCCCCGUUAAAUGCAAAGCUUCUGCAGCACCUCUUCCUGCUCCAGGCCCUGCGUCUCUCGGCCCGACUGCUUCUCCUACAGAUACGCAAACUCCUGAAGGCCCUGCUUCUUUCGGUCCGACCACUUCUCCAACAAGUUCGAUAACUCCUAACGACCAGGAUUUUCCGGGAUCGGGCAUCGGAGGAGACCCGACGGCGUCAACUCCUUCAGCCUCGUUGCCUUCCUCUUCGCACUCUCUCAAGCCUUUGCUUCUUCUAUUUGCUUUAUUAGCCUUUGAGAUGAUCAGAUUAUUCUAA